AUGUCAAUAUCGUUGCUUUUUUCUGGCAUUAUGAUCUUAGGGGUGAUACUCAUUUGCUUUGUAAUUUACAUUGUAUUUACCGUAGCAUGGUACUUAUAUGGUAGGCAAAUACUAUCUGCUCCAACAUUAAGCCAGCAGGAGGACCCAGCCAAGGAGAAGUACUUUAGUUACCAGAAACUGAAGCCGGAUGUGAUCACAUUCAACUACAAGAAAGAAUUGAGUGAUGAUCCAAAUCACGAAGAAGAGAAUUCUGAUCAAAAUGAAUGCGUGGUGUGCUUAAGAGGUUUACAGAAUGAGGAAUUUGUGAGGCAACUGCCAAAAUGCAAGCACACAUUCCACGCGCCUUGUAUAGACAUGUGGCUCUACUCUCACUCUGAUUGCCCCAUCUGUCGGACGGUGAUUGAUCAGUUGCCUGAUGAAGGUGCAUUUACACCAGGCCGGAAGUCGGAGGUCUCUGUAGAUAUCAGCCCAUCAUUGACCUUAACAACCAUCUCAAUAAUCUAGCUGUUAAAAUCCUCUUUUCUUUUCUUUGUUAAUUUCUCAUUUUGGUUUAUCAAAUGCUAAAGGUUCUAGGUAUCUCCCUCCAUUGUAUAGUUUCGAUUACAUGAUUCUGCAGUAACAAAUAACUCUUCCAUGUUAAGAUCACUAGAACGUCAAAAACGCACUUUUCAAAAAUCAGGUAAUUAAUUAGGUAACCAUUGAUAUGUUUGCAAUUCGGUAAUGUCUGUAUGUC